CAUCCCCGUUUCCCAAUACUUUCAGCAAAAAGCGGCCAAUUCUUUUUUAUUUUUUAAAUUUAUUUUAUUGAGUCAAACUAAAAGCUGCGCUAAUACUGAUUGCAGUCUCGCUUUUUUCUAUUUCUUCAAAAAAAAAAAAAAAGGAAGAAGAUAGCUCCAACACCCUUUACGUUUUAUUAAAAUCAAAAUUCCGCCUUCUUUUCUGUUCGCAAUUUAUUUCCGAUUUUUCGGCUGUGAUUUUCUCGAUUAUUUAGUGCUUUUACUUUAAUCGCAUUGUUCUUAGAUUUUCCGAUCUGCCGCCUUAGAUAAAUGGAGAAAGUGGUUUUAGAGCAAAAGGAUGCAGUUGAUUGGGUGUAUAGAGGGGAAGGAGCUGCUAAUCUUGUUCUCGCUUACACUGGAUCAUCUCCCGCAUUUAUCGGGAAAGUGAUGCGAAUACAAAAGUCACCACGGAACGACAAAAAUGGAGUGAACGGAAACGGAUCUUUAACAACGCAGGAGCAGCUCCUUUGGCGAGAAGAUAUGGAGCUUACGGCGUCGCCAAACAGAGAGAUCGUUGAGCAACUUUACGUUAAGCAUGUCAUGAGCCCGUUGUUAGGCCCAAAACAUGUUGAUGCUGGGAUACGUGUUCGUGUUACUAAGGAAUUCCUCGAGUCUGUUGAUAACAAUGUGAUUUGUCAACGGCCCGCUUGGCGCGUGGAUUCAUCACAGGUUGAUGCAAAUCGUGAUACUGCGCUGAUCAUAUCCGAUCACUCAGUCUUUCCAAAUGGUACUCUGAAAGGUGGACCAUGUGUAACCGUUGAGAUAAAGCCCAAAUGUGGAUUUCUCCCAAUUUCAAGAUUCAUAGCUGAAGAAAAUGCUCUUAAAAGAAUCAUAACUAGGUUCAGAAUGCACCAAGCACUGAAGUUGCAUAAACAAGAGAUAUCAGAAUAUAGUGAAUAUAAUCCACUGGAUCUAUUCUCUGGAUCCAGAGACAGGAUCUGUAAAGCUAUCAAAGCACUAUAUGCCACUCCUCAGAACAAUUUCCGUGUAUUUUUGAAUGGUUCUCGUGUAUUUGGGGGCUCAGGUGGUGGCACAGACAACACCACUGUUCUGGUUGGUGAGGCCUUUGAAGAUGCACUUAAGAGUGUCAUUCAGGCAGAUAAUGGCCUGCGCACAACAAGUUUUAUACAGCUUGUUGCUGACACAGUUUAUACUUGUGGAGUAUUAGAUCAACUUCUUGAAGUUCAGAAGCUUGAUGCUUACGACAUUGAAGGGGCGAUUCAUGCUUAUUAUAACAUAAUUUCUCAACCUUGUGCGGUUUGUAGAGAAUUAAGUAAUGACAAAUUAUCACACCAGUAUACCUCCUUGCACUCCAUUCCGUUAGAUGAAAGCUUGAAGAUUGUGAAGGACUAUUUGAUGGCUGCAACUGCAAAGGACUGCAGUUUGAUGAUUAGUUUUAGACCAAAGGAAGAUGGAGAGUUACAAUCAGGGUCCUCUAAAAAUUCUGUAUAUCUAGGAUCAACUAACCAGGUUUUUGAGUACAAGGUGUAUUUCAUUGAUCUGGAUUUGAAACCUUUGAAGAAAAUGGAGUACUAUUACAAAUUAGAUAAGAAGAUAGUUAGCUGCUAUUCUCAGAAGGUGAAAACUGAGCAUCGAGCAGAUAAAGCUGUUAGAAUGGAUUCCUAUGGAAGUGUAUCGAGAUGAAAGAUAUGCCUCUGAGACAACUUGUUUAUUGAAGAUUCUACUGGUAAGUGCAAGUAGUUCUUAUAUGUUUCCUAAACUGUUGUUGUAAAAGUAAAGGUUGUAAAGUGCAGAUGGGUAUUGCUCAUCUUUAGGCUCAAAUUCUUCCUUCACCUCUUUUUGGGGCUUUUGGAUUUCCCUUUCUUGGGGAAUCUGUUGUCUGUAUCUUUUGCUUAAAGAUUUAUACUACUUAAUUUCUUUUUCGUUUCCCUCCUUUUCAUGUGGAAACUGAAUGAUCCUCUACUUUUACAGCAGUUGGAUAUUCACUGAUUUAUAUCAGAUUUACCUA